AUGACCUCAUGUGGAAACAGGACAUCCCGGUGGCUGAGAAGCCCUAGUUUUCCACGGCCCGCCUCCAGCUCUGCCCGCCUGUUUCUGAGACCGGGCCUGGACUCUGUGUGUUGGGACAGUGUGCUUCCCAUUGUCCUAUCACUCCUGCCCCACGCACACUCUGCAUCCUGUGGAGUUUCCUGUGCAGGAGGCAGCGGGAGAGACGAGCAGAGGGAGAAGGGAAAAGGUAAGAAAAGAGAUCGGGCGAAAAGUUUGGGCUCAUCGCGUCGAAAACCACCGAAAGUCCACGAACUGGACGGAUUGUGGACGCGUGUGCGUGUAGCUGAGGUGAACUUCUCCCUCUGGGAGCCGCUUAUCUACAGCCCUCUGCGCAGGAAAGGGUGUGUCGCCCUGCUCUGGAUGUUUCAGAAGAAGUCUGCCAAGUCCAUCACGUCAUCAGCAACAGCCGACAUCGCAGAUCGGUCUCCUAGCAACGCGGAUGGGGGGCUGUCCACGGCCUUCCACAAGGGCCGCUACAGCCCCGACCCCACGCAGACCAUCCCCGACUUCAACAAGGCCUUCAACUCCGUCGCCAUCUUCCCCAACACCAGCACGCACCAGCGGCCCGGGGGCCUGACCAGUGGUGGAGUCACUCUCUUUAUAGCUCUGUAUGACUACGAUGCUCGGACUGAAGAUGACCUCACCUUCCAGAAGGGAGAGAAAUUCCAGAUCAUCAACAACACAGAGGGCGACUGGUGGGAGGCUCGCUCUUUGGACACCGGAAAAUCUGGUUACAUCCCCUCGAACUAUGUCGCUCCCGUGGACUCCAUACAGGCCGAGGAGUGGUAUUUUGGGAAGAUGGGGCGGAAGGAUGCAGAGAGACAGCUGCUGGGUCAAGGCAACCAGAGGGGGACCUUCCUCAUACGCGAGAGCGAGACAACCAAGGGUGCCUAUUCGCUGUCCAUCCGGGACUGGGACGACAACAAGGGAGACCACGUCAAGCAUUAUAAGAUUCGUAAACUAGACAACGGUGGCUACUACAUAACCACCCGGUCGCAGUUUGACACUGUGCAGCAGCUGGUCGAGCACUACACAGAGAGAGCGGCCGGCCUGUGCUGCCGUUUGAUUGGCAGCUGUAAGCGGGGCAUGCCUAAGCUGGCUGACUUAUCAGUGAAGACCAAGGAUAUGUGGGAGAUUCCGCGAGAAUCUCUCCAACUGAUUAAGAAACUGGGCAACGGCCAGUUUGGAGAAGUCUGGAUGGGCAGUAAUGACGGGCUGUGCUAUUACCUGACAAAUCCCUGCCCCAACAGCACCCCCCUCACUCUGGGCCUGGGGCGGGACGCCUGGGAGGUGCCCAGGGAAACGCUCUGCCUGCAGAGGAAGCUGGGCCAGGGCUGUUUCGGGGACGUGUGGAUGGGUGAGGACCUCGAACGCACCGCGGUCCCGGAGGGCAGAACGAAGACGUUCGCCCCGGAAAAAACGCCGGAUGUGGGAUUCCUCUAUAUCGGCAUGUGGAACGGCACCACCAAGGUGGCGGUGAAGACUCUGAAGCCGGGAACCAUGUCCCCCGAGGCCUUCCUGGAGGAGGCUCAGAUCAUGAAGAGACUCCGGCAUGACAAGCUGGUGCAGCUCUACGCCGUGGUGUCUGAGGAGCCCAUCUACAUUAUCACCGAGUUCAUGAGCCAAGGAAGUCUGCUGGACUUCUUAAAGGAUGGAGAAGGCCAGAGCCUGAAGCUGCCUCAGCUGGUGGACAUGGCCGCGCAGAUUGCAGCUGGAAUGGCGUACAUCGAGCGGAUGAACUACAUCCACCGGGACCUGCGGGCCGCCAACAUCCUGGUCGGAGACAACCUGGUGUGCAAGAUCGCCGACUUUGGCCUGGCGAGGCUCAUCGAGGACAACGAGUACACGGCCAGACAAGGGGCGAAGUUUCCCAUCAAGUGGACGGCUCCAGAGGCUGCUCUCUACGGACGCUUUACCAUCAAGUCAGACGUCUGGAGCUUCGGGAUCCUCCUGACCGAGCUCAUCACCAAGGGCCGGGUGCCUUACCCAGGCAUGAACAACCGUGAGGUGCUGGAGCAGGUGGAGAGAGGCUACCGGAUGCCCUGCGCCCCCGGCUGUCCGGCCUCCCUCCACGAACUGAUGGUGCAGUGCUGGAGGCGGGAGCCCGACGAGAGGCACACCUUCGAGUACCUGCAGUCCUUCCUGGAGGAUUACUUCACGGCCACAGAGCCCCAGUACCAGCCCGGGGAGAACCUGUGA